ACCCAUCUCUUGCAGCCAUAAUAAACUCACUGCCGCCCCUACGCCUCUCCCCUUUUGAUCCGCACGCUCGUGCUGUGGCAGCACUAGGUGUACCACUCAGCUCGCCCGUGUGCGGCAUCUGCGAGCGCAUUUGCGCAUCGCCCGCCUUCCGCCGGCCAUAACUUCGACCUCCACCAUGACAGCAACCAACUCUCUCUUCGCUGGAGUGAAGCAGCCCGUCGUUGACAAAGUGCCUGCGCGGAUCAAACACAUACAAUUUGGCAUCUACUCCAACCAGGACAUCGUCAAUCAAGCCGUCCUUGAAGUCUCGGAUCGCAAUGUCUACGACCUCACCCCCGGUCCCGACAAUACACGCACUCAUACUUCCCACGGUCCUAUGGACCCCCUCAUGGGAAUUUCCACGAAGACUGGCAAAUGCAAAACAUGCGGUGAGGGUUUGGACACUUGCAAUGGCCACUUUGGCCACAUCAAGCUCGCCCUUCCUGUGUUCCACGUCGGCUACCUCAAGCACAUCAUUGAGGUCCUGCAUACAGUCUGUAAGGACUGUUCUCGCGUGCUACUGGAGCCCGAUGAGCGGAAACGCUUUUUGCGCAGCAUGCGCCGACCCGGGCUAGACAACCUGCAGCGCACCACCAUUGCAAGGAAGAUCAUGGAAGAGUGCCGCAAAAGGAAGACAUGCCCCUACUGCAGGGCCGUGAACGGAACGGUGCGCAAAGUGGCGGGUCAUCCACUCAAGAUUAUCCACCGCCGUUAUGAUGCCUACGACCGCUCGACGGCAAAAAUCAAAAAGCUUCCACCAGGCAAACUUGAAUUCGAUCAAUCUCUGGAGACCGCAAAAGCUGGUAACCCCGAACUGGAAAAGCACGUGAAGAAGGCCGUCGACGAUAUGCAUCCCUUGCGUGUUCUAAACAUCUUUAGGAAGAUCUCCGACGAGGAUUGCGAAUUGUUGGGCAUGAUACCCGAAGACGCACGUCCGGAGAUGCUGAUUUGGGAAUACGUGCCUGUACCGCCGGUGUGCAUCCGACCCUCGGUAGUUCAGGAAGCAGGCGCAACGGAAGAUGAUAUCACCAACAAGAUCGGCGACAUCUGUCAAAUCAGUGGCAUCAUUCGUGCUGGCCUGCGGGAUGGCUUUCCCCUCCAAGUCCUCAUGGAGCAAUGGGACUUUCUCCAGCUGCAGAUUGCGAUGUACAUCAACAGUGACGUGCCUGGUCUGAAGCAGCAAGGCUUGCAGAAGUCGAUGCGAGGCUUCUGCCAGCGCCUCAAGGGCAAAGGCGGUCGAUUCCGCCAAAAUCUUUCUGGGAAGCGCGUAGACUUCUCCGGUCGGACCGUGAUCGGGCCAGACCCGAACUUGGGGAUCGACGAAGUCGCCGUCCCAGAGCGGGUUGCCAAAAAUUUGACGUACCCCGAGAAGGUGACGGACUACAACAAGGAGAAACUCAAGAAACUCGUCAUGAAUGGAGCAACGCGUCAUCCCGGUGCCAACUAUAUCAUCUCUGCGAGGACCGGGCAGAGGAACUCGCUCGCAGCUCUUGCGAGGGUGCCAGAGAAGAGGGUGGAACGGUUGACCCGAGCUGCGAACAACCUUCAAGUUGGCGACAUCGUCGAGCGGCACUUGGAGGAUGGCGACAUUGUGCUCUUCAAUCGCCAGCCGUCACUGCAUAAGCUGAGUAUCCUCAGCCAUCGCGCCAAAGUUCGGCCGUGGAGAACUCUGCGACUGAAUGAAUGUGCCUGCAACCCUUAUAAUGCGGACUUUGAUGGCGAUGAGAUGAAUUUGCAUCUGCCGCAGACCGAGGAGGCCCGUACGGAAGCCAUCGAACUCAUGGGGGUAAAGUACAAUCUCGCCACACCGAAAAACGGAACUCCAAUCAUUGCGGCCAUCCAGGACUUCAUCACCGCUGCUUUUUUGCUGAGCAGCAAGAACAACUUCUACGACAGACAGACAUUCUGCCAGAUCUGCAAUUACAUGUUCGCGGGCGAAGGUGCCUAUGAUCCCGAUACCGGCGAAAAAUCCCCCAUAGAUAUUCCUCCGCCGGUGAUUCUCAAACCCCAGGCACUAUGGACGGGAAAGCAGGUAUUUAAUGUACUGAUGAGACCUAACAAGAAGUCCAGAGUGCUCGUAAAUCUGGAAGCAGCCGGGAAACAGUUCAAGCAUACACCAGGUCAAGCGCCGGAUCUCAAUGCCGAUGACGCCUAUCUGGUCAUCCGGAACUCGGAAGUGAUGUGUGGCGUAAUGGACAAGGCGACUGUUGGAGAUGGCAAAAAGGAUUCCGUAUUCUAUGUUUUGAUGAGAGACUUCGGGCCAGACUACGCUGUUCAAGGUAUGAACAGAUUGGCCAAACUCUCCGCACGUUGGCUGUCGAACAACGGUUUCUCCUUGGGCAUCAGUGACGUUACUCCGGGCGACAUUCUGGUGCGCAAGAAGCAGGCUCUGAUUCAGGAGGCGUACGCCAAGUGCGACAAGUUGAUCAAAGACUUCAAGGAAGGGAAACUACAGCGUGACCCUGGUUGCGAUGAGGAGAAGACAAUGGAGAAUCGGAUUGGUGGUAUCCUGUCCGGCGUUCGGCAAGCAGCAGGAGACAUUUGCUUCGAAGAGCUUAGCAGAUGGAACUCCCCGUUGAUCAUGGCCAAGUGCGGUUCAAAAGGUUCGAAUAUCAACGUAUCGCAGAUGGUUGCUUCCGUCGGUCAGCAGAUGAUUGGCGGUGCUCGUGUCGCUGACGGGUUCCAUCAUCGCACUCUUCCACACUUCCCGAAAGACGCCCGUCAACCCGCCUCCAAAGGAUUCGUGAGCAACAGCUUCUUUUCCGGUCUGAAUCCCUCGGAGUUCAUCUUCCACGCUAUGAGUGGUCGUGAAGGUCUGGUCGACACUGCGGUCAAGACUGCCGAGACCGGCUACAUGAGUCGACGUUUGAUGAAGUCGCUGGAGGAUCUGUCCGCGCAGUAUGAUGAUACCGUCAGAGACUCGUCAGGGGGCAUCGUGCAAUUCCAGUACGGUGACGACAAUCUCGAUCCAGUGGAUAUGGAGGGCAAAGCAAAGCCUGUCAAUUUCGAUCGCACUUUCUCACAUGCCAUCACCUCAACGUGGGACAAUGCUGAAGCGAGCUUGAGUCCGGCUGAGAUCCGAGAACGUACCCUUGCGAAACUGAACGCGGAGCGAAACAAAUACAUUCGGUACAAGCUUGACGGUAUGACCAAACUGGAUUACAAUGACAGGAGUGACGAGAACAUCGAUCAGAAAGAGUCGAUUCGCGAUUUCCUGGAUAUGGUGCAGGAUUACAUUUUCAAGAAGGCGGACAAGCUCGAGACAACGCUCGUUCACCUCGGUAUCAGGGAACUGUCGGCCAAGGAGCGCAAAGAGAUGCGACCUGAAGACGCAGACAAGUACAGCCUCGCAGAUGGGAUCGCCAAGAUUUCUCAAGCGGCGUUGGACACUUUCAUCGCGCUCUGCCUGACUAAGUACGAUCGCUCCAAGGUCCAGCCGGGGCAUGCAGUAGGUGCCAUUGGUGCCCAAUCGAUUGGAGAACCCGGCACGCAGAUGACGCUCAAGACUUUCCAUUUUGCCGGUGUCGCCGGCAUGUCCAUUACUCAAGGUGUCCCUCGUAUCAAAGAAAUCAUCAACGCUUCCACCACCAUCUCUACUCCGGUCAUCACGUGCGAACUGUCGAACAAGAUCAGCGAAACCGCCGCGCGCAUCGUCAAAGCCCGUGUAGAGAAAACAUAUCUCCGAGACAUCAUCCAGUAUGUUGAAGAUGUCUGGCAUCCGGACGGCGCGUACAUUGCCUUCCGCAUCGACUGGAACGCCGUCAACAAUCUCCACCUCGAAAUCACCCCUGAAGAGAUCUCCCACGCCAUCAAAACCCACAAGCCUCUCAAAUGGGGCAAGAGCGGCACCAACGUUCGUAUGGUCUCCAACGUAGUCCGCGUCGAGGUCCCAGACCCUAACGCCAGUGGGAAGAAGCGUCCCGCAUCCAAAUCGAGCCGCACCAAGCAGACCGACUUCUUCGAGCGUGUUCAGACAGUCAAGCAGCUCAUCCCGGACGUCGUCAUCAAGGGUUUCCCAGACUGCGAGCGUGCCAUCAUCAAGAAGGACACUACGCCCAACGCCCAAGGCUUCUACGAAUGCCAGCUCUUCGUCGAAGGCUACGGUCUCAAAGAGUGCAUGACCACCCCGGGUAUCGAGCCCUACAAAACGAAAUCGAAUCACGUUAUGGAAGUCAAGAAGGUACUGGGCAUCGAAGCCGCGCGGGCCACCAUCAUCGCCGAAAUCGGGGAAGUCAUGAAAUCCAUGGACAUCGAUCCCCGCCACAUGCAGCUUCUCGCCGACGUGAUGACGUUCAAAGGGGAAGUGUUUGGCAUCACGCGCUUCGGUCUGCAAAAGACGAGGGAUAGUGUUCUGCAGCUGGCCAGUUUCGAGAAGACGCCUGAUCAUCUGUUUGAGGCGGCUGCUAAGGGGAAGAUCGAUAAGAUUGACGGCGUGAGCGAGUGUAUCAUCAUGGGCCAGCCUGUGAAGCUGGGGACGGGCGCGAUGGGCGUGAUUCGGAGGUUGAAUUUGAAGGAGGGCGAGGUGGGGGCGAAGAGGACUAUGUUCGAGGAGGGAUGGGAGGCGCUGUAGGCGAGGGCUUGAUUUGAGGUGGAAAUGGUUUUCGAGGCAUAGCAUAUUGGUUGGUGUUCUGGAUUGGAUCUAGGCUAGCAUUUCAUGGCUGCAUGACAUGGCGCGCAUGGGCGGCAUAUACCACGUUUGUCAAUUUACGCUUUUCUCUCAUUCUGGGUUGCCUUUGACAUCGUGUGUAGGUUGGCGGUCGACAUGGAUUCGACGACUGCGCUCUGGGAUUUUCGUUGAAGUAGCGGGACUCUAUUGCCGGAAUUAUCUGAAAUAUGUACGAAUAUAGCGGUACAUGAGCAAUGUCCAUAUGCAUUACCAUUAUGUAGCUUCCCCAUAUAUAC